GUUCUUAAACAUGCAGAUACUCUGGAGUUAAAUGUUCAAGGCUCUGCUCCUCUGGUUGUUCCUCUGGGAGGUUCAGUGGUUCUGCCCUGCUAUGUUGAAACACCCUUAAUAAUGGAAAGUGUGAGGGUGGAAUGGACAAGAACAGAUUCAGACAUUUUGGUUCAUCUAUUUAAAAAUGGAGCUAUCAGACCAGAGUCUCAACAUCAAGAUUAUCAUGAUAGAGCUCAUUUCUUCACUGAAGACAUUAAACGUGGAAACUUCUCACUCCUGUUGAACAAUCUGACAGCUGAAGAUAAGGGGGUUUAUAGAUGUAAAGUUUACAGCAACAAGGAUGCUCACAAAACUUUGGUUACAAUAAAAGAUGUUGAAUAUUUGAUAGUAUCAGGAUCAGAUCAGUUGAUAUCUGCAUAUGUGGGUGAUGACGUCACUCUGAGCUGCUCUGUGAACUCUCACAUCAAACCUGAAGAGAUUGAAGAGGUUUCAUGGAAGAAAAGAGAUAAAGAUGAAGAAAUCCCGGUUCUUCUCUAUCAAAACAAGACUUUACCAGAUGCAUCAGAUGAUCGAUACAGAGACAGAGUUGAGUUCUUCACUGAUGAAAUCCACAGAGGAAACUUCUCUCUCAGACUGAAGAGAGUCAGAACUGAAGAUAAAGGAGUUUACAUCUGUCAAGUGUUUACUGGACGACUUUCAGCAAACACAACUGUAAUACUGGAGAGACUGGGUUUCUCAGCUCUACAUAUAUUGGUGUUGACUCUCUGUAUUGCUGCCUGUGGAUCGGCUCUUCUGUUCUGCCCUCUCACAUACUGUACAUUAAAUAAUAAAGGCAUAAAGGUGCUGCUUCAUGUUUGUCUUCACUGUUGCCCGAAUAUUAUGAUGUUUCUGGCUUUGGUCCUCUGGUAUGCUGCUGAAGGAUCUUUGCUUGAGACAGUCUCUUGCUGUACGCUCUAUAUUUUGAGGCCUCUGAGGUUGUUUUGGGUUACACCCCAUAUCAGUGAUUUUCCAGACACAAUAAUUAACCUAAUCAAGUCUUCACAUGCUGAUCAGUAUUUUCCUGCUGUCACAGUAGCAAUGUUUUCAGCUCUGUUGGCAGAACAUUUCAAAGACAUCGACACAUUCACUGUGGUGUUUAUCUGUGUGUCACUGGUCCUGCUGUGUCUGAGCUUUGUCAUAAGUGAGUGAACUCACCUCAAAUGU